AUGGCUGCGCCACAGGUCUGGAGCAGUCAUAUCUGGACUGAACAGACUUUGACGCGCCUAAUCGGCAGCGACCAACAGCAAGUCGAAAUCCGCACCAACGAGCGGAUGCCGCAAUCGUUCAUGGUGCCACGUUCACUACUACACCACUAUUGUCCAAACUUACAACCUUCGAGCCUUCCUGGCCACCCUUUUAUCUUUGAGACCAAUCGACCAGCAUUGACACUAUUCUUCGGAUGGCUGUACACCGGAAAGGUUGACUCUGCUGACUGGCAUAACCUCACUGAGCUCUACUUCCUGGGCAGUUCAGCCGGCUGUGUCGCCCUCACACGUUCCGCCAUCUCACAACUACAGAAAGCCUGCAGAAAUGAUCAAGCCAACGACACCGACCUGUUCCACUAUGAGCAUAUCUCGGUGAUCGAAGAGAUGGUCGGCGCGUCCUCUUCACUGUUCCGCUACGCUGAAGAUACGUAUUUCAACCAUUGGCGCCCAUCCGACGACGACAAUAUCAGAGAUGACCCUUCGAAGCACCCGCAGUCCAGUCUUUUCUUCAAGAGACUGUUCGAACGCUCCUUCAAGGAACAGAGAGAGGGGGAGAACUGCUCUUGCUGUCACGACUAUUGCCGAUACCAUGACCAUGACUCAGUUGCAGAGCGUUUGGCAAAGUCUUCCAUUAACCAUCCCAUGACUGUUGUCGAGCCAGUUGCAGAGCCCUCAAUCAACAUCUCUAACGCUGUCGUCAAGCCGGUCGUGGAAUCUCCAGUCAAUACUCCUGUUGCCACCGUCAAACCAGACCCUGUGGUGCGCAAAGUCCGUAGAAGCAGAGUUGCGCGCGGAUCCAUGGGCGACGAGCUUGUAACAAGCAUCCAUGAUUCCUUUUCGCACGAGACCCGUGCCGCCUCCUCUCGCUCUGGAACACCAAAGGGCAAGGCUGCCGACGAGACUUGGCUCACAGUUCAGAGCCGUGCUCCUGCCCACUUCCCUGCCGAGUACCAUGGUUUGUUGACGUCUCUGCCCCAAGUUCAAUCAAUCAAGCCACCCAAUUGGCUGGAAAUCGGAGUCGAGGCUGAAGGAAUCGACCAGCUGCCAGAACCGGACAGGAUUAUCGCUGCAGCCAUGAGCUGGAACGCCGAGGAUUACGCUCAGACAAAGUGCACCUUUUUCGACCAGUAUGAUUCGACAAUCCGCGAUCGCAAUCACUGGCUCAACACACUCAAAUUCGGAGGUAGCAAGUCAAAAGAGAAGGCUGAGCGGCUCUUGGCCAUGUGGGAAAGCUUAGGAUGGCUGGAGGUUGCCAGCAAUCAAAUGGAUCAUACCAUCCCUUCGACUGCGUUUACGACAAAAGCCAUGCCGCGAACUUCGUCUGGCGGCAAACUGUCAUGGUCCGAGGGAGAGAAGGUCGCUUUGGCCAAGAUUAUGAGAGAUGUUGGUAUGGAUGGAUCAUGCGCCAACAAGGGCGAACUCGAACGUGCCAGGGUAUGCAGCGACCGACUUAGGUCUGAGUUCGGAUACCACCGCACCGAGAGAGCCGUGCACAGCCAGUGGAAAAGGGCACAAGAGCUUGCCAGCACAAGCACAGUCGAAGCAGAAACCCACGUCGAGCAAACCAUUCCAGCCGCCUCCGACCAGCGAACCAUGCUAGCCAUCGAUCCAGAAGCGACUUCCAACAAUGCACCGGAGCACCACAAAGUUUCAGUCGCGCCCAAAAUCCGCAAACGAACCUCAUUCGGUCCCAACAAGGCCUGGUCUGCAGAUGAAAACGAUGCUGUCACCUUGAUCAUGAGCGAUAUUGACAAGUCGAGCGCCAACUUGGGCGUAGUCGAGCGUGCCAGAUUGUGCAAGGAGCGGCUAGUAGCUCAACACGGGUACAACCGCACCGAAUGGGCUAUCCUCAGCCAGUUGAAAAAGGCACAAAAGCUGGACGACAUUGAAGUGGAGGCUCAAGCCGACCGAGAUGUCCAAGUCGAACGACCAACCAAUGGCGAAGAUGGAGAUCUGGCCGAAGACAGAAGCAAGAGAUCCAGCCCGUGGAGUUCGCAGGAAGACGAAAUUAUGCUCGAGAUUAUGGAUUUCCUUGAAGAACGUCCAGCUCACAGACAUACGAGCAUAAAACAGCGUGCUGAAAUGUGCAAGCCGCGUUUGAAGACUCGCCUGGGAACUGACCGCACGUCUGUGGCCAUCGCCAUCCGAUACGGCAUAGCCCGCCGCAAGAAGGAGGCUGACAACAUCGACGACAACAUCGACGACAACAUCGACGACAACAUCGACGACAACACCAAUGCUUCCGCCAAUGACUCUGUGAUCGGUGCUGUUCCCAUCAUCCUCAAGGCCUCUCUCAUCGAAGACUCUGUUCUCAAGAUCCCUCUUAUUAGAAAUCCUGCCAUCAAAGACUUUACGCCAAUCAACAGUGCGGUCAACAAGGCAGCUGCGAAUGAUGGCGCUGAUCUCAAUGCGAGCAGUACCGCGAGCAAGAUCCGUUGGACGGAUGAGGAAGACAAAGCUUUGAUCGACGUCUAUAAGGGAAUUGAAGGAGAUUCGCAAUUGUCGACCUUGAACGAACGCGAGAAAGCCAAAGUAUGUAGUGCUCGACUUCAUAUCAAGCACAACAUCAGAAGAACCGCCGACGGCAUCAAGGGGCGUUGGCAGAGGCUCAGCUCCUCGAACAGAGCCUCUGAUGACACCUCGAACACUACCACAAAGAGAAAGGGAGACGACAUUGGUGGUUUGAACGAGGACAUGUAUCCAUUGACCGACCGCAAGAAGCGCAGACAGACGACGGAGGCAAGAUUUGUUGCAGAGCUGUUUGAUGCUGGACAUGAAUGA